AUGGACCCGGUCUCGCCAGAACUGGCUUCGGCGCUGUUGCAAUGGGUGAAUUCGUUCAAUGAGGUACACAAACCGGUGGGCUCGUGGAAGGAGCUUGAAGAUGGCCAGAUACUCUGGAAGAUACUAGUUGACCUAGACCCCGCAUAUUUCCAAGACGAACUGCCCGAACCCGACCGCAAGUCCGCCGAUAACUGGAUACCGCGAUGGCAGAACCUGAAGCGCAUAGACCGCAUGGUCAGGACAUACAUACGGGAGGAAUGCGACAGGCUGCCGAACCUAAGCAAGACCAUGUCGCCGAAUCUCAAAGCAAUCGCGAUAGAGGGCUCGAAGAAUGAGACGAUUAAGCUUACUAGGAUCAUCGUCCUCGCCUCCAUGUACUCCCGGAAAACGAACGCACGCAUGGGCCAGGUCCUAAUUGGGCUUGGGCCCAAAGUUUCGCGAGUAGUAGCAAAGGCUAUUCAGCAAGCGGAGGCGCUGGACAAGAGCAUGGCCGAAUCUGGUGCCGAACAUGAUGUUAGCUCCGAGUUCGACAACUCGACAGACUCGGAUUCGCCAUCAAGACCAGGUCCGGGCAUUGAACGGGACCCGGAACUUGAGCGGGAGGAGAGGCUCAUCCAGGCUCAGAAGGAGAAUCAGGAGCUCGGUUCAAAGAUCUUGAGCUUAACAGCAGAGCUGACCCAAAUGCGGAACCAGAUUUCCACUCUAGAGGAAGAGCUCGUAGAGUCGAAGUUGCACCUCGACCAAAAGAGUCGCGCCGCUUACGACGACCAAGCUAUCGAACAGUUGGAGCAUAGGGCACAGCGCGACAAGGACUACAUCGCCGAGCUCGAGUCAGACCUGGCAAACUCAAAAGCACAGGUCGACAACCAGGAGCGGCUGCUCGGCAGAUUGAAGGCUGAUGCCGCCACGAAGCAGGAUCUUCGUGACGAGCUGCAGCUCAUUAAGACCGAGCGCGACGACCUCCUUCAAAAGGCCAAGAUGAAUGAAAAUCUGAAGAAGAAAAUUCAGGGACUGCAAGAGCAGGAGAAAGCCAACUCGACGCUCCGAGCUGACCUUGCAGAUGCGGUGAGCCAGUUGGAGGAUCUCCAGCGCAUAAGAGAUAGAUGCGCUGCGCUUGAGAAAGCGAAUGAGGAGAACAGCGUCACCAUUGCCAAUGGAGAACAAGAGAUCUUCGAGUCAAAGCGGGCGAAGAAGCAACUCGAACAUGAGCUUAGAGUUCUGCAAGGCAAAGCUGAGCAGAGACUGGAGAUGCAAAUUCGAGCAGAGGAAACCGUUCGAGACCUUCAGCAACGACUUCGCGAGGCGGAGGCUGCCAACACGCGGAUCCCGGAUAGUCUUGGGAAUGAGCUUGAACACGCUGCCGAAACGGAGCAGCUCGAAAACAGGCUAGUUAUAUCCGAAACCCUUCUUCACUGGAACCGCCUACUCAUGCUCCACUAUAGGAAAGAUCCCAAGCAAACCACUUCUAGUGUCGGCGCGGAUGGAAUUCUACUCCAUCAGAAGCUUGACAUGCUGGAAGCCAGGUGCAAGAAGCUUGAGGAGCAAUACCUUGACGUUUACCAGGAGAAUCUGGGCUUGCAGGACGCUCUCAAGGAGGGUCCAGAGAAGGAAGAUCCAUUUAUCCGACAGCGCGACCAGCUGCAUCAUGCCAACACGGAGCUGGCGGAGCUCAAAGCCAAGUACUACGCCGCCAUGUCGGAAAAUGCUGAUCUGAAGCACCAGCUCACGAAGUUCACAUCAGCUGCUGAUGGUGCAGAUACGUUGGACGAGAAAACUCAGUCCGACUUCAAGGCUCUUACUGCCAAUCAUGAAGAGUUGCUGACGUCUCAGGCGGAGCUCGAGAAGCACGCCAAGGGGCUGCAAACCGAACUGGUGGAGAAGAGUAGCCUGCUUCGGCACGCACUCCUCAGUCGCGAGGCUGUCGUAAAGGAGCCACGCGAGGCUCGUCAGACAGAAGAGCUGAAGCUCAUUACGCAGCGCCUGGAUGCCGUCCGGACUGCGCCUACUGAAGAGGCCCAGGACGUCCAAGCGAAAGUAGCAGACGGCUUCUGCAAGCAGAUCCUCGACUUGCAGGACCUGGCUGCGGCGCAUAUGACGGUAAGCAACUUCCUGGAGCAGGACUCCCAGAAGGAGUCUCUGUUCCUCAGCUUCGUUCCGGAGGCCCCCGAGGGCUUCGAUGAGGCGAUGAGGCCUGUCUCUCCUACGACUUCCCUCUCAUGUAGUGCCUUCCUGACGCUACCCUCAACUCCGCCAGCCACAUCUGCUGCAGAACUGAAAUACCUCCAAGCCCGCCUCAACACGCCGCAAGAUGGCCCGGCACAGCAGCAAGCAAACCAAAGCGACCCAUCAGCGGAAUCCAGCAGAGAAAAUGGCCAGGCGCGUAGUCCCACCAUGGACCGGUUCGCUGACUGCCUGUCAUCGACCUCGCAGCAGCAGGACCUGCAAAAUCUACAACGAGAGAAUAAACUUAUAGCAAGCGCUUGGUACGAUAUGGGCCGUAGACUGCAGAGCAACACCGUGGUUCUGCAGCGCAGAGUUCAGGACCCGAAGAGCUGGAUCGGGAAGCAGAGGAUGGCUGUCGGCCAGGGCGGCGGUGUGAGUGGGAUACGGAGGUGA